AUGCGAACUCAUAAAGAAAACCCCCAACAAUUGGAAGUGGACAGGGAAGCCAAGCAGGAACAGUUGGAGCAUGGGGCUGCUGCUUUGAAGAAAUGGCAAGAGACCGCUCAAGUCCUGAGUGCUGCACUGAGCAAGAGUGAAAUUUCCAAAGGGGCUCUGAAGAAAGACUUGGACAUCCUGAAGGAAAGGCUUCGUCUCCAGCAGGCUGUUGGAGCAGAAGGGAAGCGGCUGUCAGAGCGCUCCAGGAAGGGUGUGGAAUGUGUGCGGGACCAGGUUGCAGCAGCAGCAAAAGACAAGCCAGAGAAGCGUGAGCUCAGGAGAACUUUUGAGGUUUCCCAGGAGCAAGAGUCGUCGAGCAGGGCUCUGGAGCAGCUGCACCAGGAACUGGCCCAGGUGUGCAGAGAGAAGGAGCUGCUGGGCCAGGAGAAGGCUGCCCUUGAGGGCCGACUGGCAGCCAUGGAGUGUCACAAACAAGACCUUUCCAAGCAGCUGGCAGAGACCAGGUCAGCGAAGGAGAGCCUGGAAUCCAGCCUGUUUGCUGCUCAGCAGCAGAUAUCUCAGCUGGAGAUCACCAGCAACCAUCUGGAGGCUCAAGUGCUCACAGUCACACAGGCCAAGGAGGCGCUCCAAGGAGAAGUGCAGUGCCUCCAACGUGAGCUGGAAGCAGAGAGAGCUCUCAGGAAGCAGGAGCAGGAAGACACAGCGCAACAGCUCUUGCAGGCAGAGCAGCAGCGUCAGGAAAGCGGAACUGCUCAGCAGGUGGAAAUAAACAAGCUCCUGCAAGACCUGGCAAGUGAGCGGGAAAGGCACCAUGCAGAGAUGCAGGAGACGCUGCAGCAAUGGGGAAAAGAGAAGGCAGAGAGAGAGCAGGAGCACGAGAAGGUGCUGUUUGAGAUGAGGCAGAAAGUUGCCACCCUGCAGGCUCAAAGAGAAGAGGAACGAACUAGAUUUGAAAAUGCCAAGCGAGAGGUCCUGCUGGAAAAGCAGAAGAUGAAUUCUUUAUCAGAGACACUGCUCCAAACUCGGGGACAGCUAAGCCGAGCCUGCCAGCAGGUGCAGCAGCUCAGGCAGGAGGUGAAAGAGCAGCAAGAGAAGGGGCAGACCAUCAAGGCAAAGCUGCAAGCUGAGCUGCAGGAAGCUCGGAGGGAAAUCCAGGCAGCGCAGAAGAGGCACAAGGAAGAACUACGAGGCAUCAAAGAGGAAAUGAAUCUCCUCCUUGUGGAGAGGGAGGCUCUACAAAAGCAGGUGGGAGAGUUGACAUCUCAGCUGGCAGCCUCCAGAGAGUCCCAGGCAACGAUUGUUCAGAGAGCCCAGCAAGAUGUGAGCUGGGCCCAGGAGCAGUCAAGGCAGAAGCUGUUGGAGGUUGAGCACCUCCAGAAGAUGCUGGAGGAGGCAGAACAUCAGAACAAGGAGCUGCAAGUGCACCUGAAGAACUUGGAGCUGGAAGGGAGUCAAUGGGAAGAAGUGGCACGCCAAAAUUCAGGAUUUCGGGCUUCCUUGGACGCCCUGGAGAAGGAAAAAGCCAGGUAAAUGAAAGCCUGUGGGACUCUGCCUUGUGGGAAUGGAUUCCCUCUUUGCCAUCUUUGCA